CCUCUCUCCGAUUGGCCGCUUUCUCCUUCCUGGGGCGGGCUUAGCGCCAAAUACAAACGAAGUCCGGGAGUUGCUCUGAGGCGCUUUGGGGAGCGAGUGAAGGAGCCGCCUAGGAAGGCGGGAGAGGGAUAUCAAUGAAAUCUUGUCAGCGAUUAAGCCGUUAUGAAGCCCAGCGAACCCCCAGCAAUGCACCGGCUCGAGUUCGGGUUUGUGUGCGAUUGCGGCCAAGCGUGGGAACAGGAGAGGGAAAGGAAGCCCCUUGUGUACGUGGCGUGGACUCCUGCUCCCUGGAGAUCCUGAACGUGAGAAAUAAUAUGGAGACAAUGAAAUACAAAUUUGAUGCUUAUUACAGUGCAACGGCCACGCAGUAUGAUGUCUACAUGGGGUCAGUUCAGCCUAUCUUGCACCAUCUGCUGGAAGGGCAGAAUGCCAGCAUCUUGGCGUAUGGGCCUACCGGAGCAGGGAAGACGUACACCAUGUUGGGGAGUCCGGAGCAACCGGGGGUGAUUCCAAGAGCAGUACAGAAUCUCUUGCAGAUGACAAGGGAUGCUUCGGGGGAUCAGCGGAAGUACUCGGUCUCUAUGUCGUACCUGGAAAUCUACCAAGAGAAGGUCUUGGACCUUCUAGAGCCCUCCCUCCGUGACUUGCCAAUCCGGGAGGAUCAAAACCACCACAUUCUGGUGCCUGGUCUGACGGAGAGAGAGAUAACCAGCUUCUCAGACUUUGAGAAACAUUUCUUGCCUGCCAGCAGCAACCGUACAGUGGCAUCCACACAGCUGAAUAAUCGCUCAAGCCGCAGUCACGCUGUCCUGCUGGUGUACGUGAGCCAGACCCGGGGCUGGCCGCCAUAUGCCCAGCGGGCCGCCAAGCUUUGCCUUAUUGACUUAGCCGGCUCGGAGGACAACCGGCGGACAGGCAACAGAGGGGUGCGCCUGAAGGAGAGCGGGGCUAUCAACACGUCACUCUUUGUGCUUAGCAAGGUGGUGGAUGCCCUCAACAAGGGGCUGCCUCGCGUACCCUACAGAGACAGCAAACUCACUCGCCUGCUGCAGGAUUCUUUGGGUGGUAGUGCUCACAGCCUGAUCAUUGCAAAUAUCGCCCCUGAGAGGAAGUACUACUUUGAAACACUCACAAGCCUCAACUUUGCUGCCAAAUCCAAGCAAGUGGUGAACAAACCCUUCACGCAAGAAACUCUGCUGGAUGUUGAAGCAUCGAAAAGACCAUGCCCAUCUUCCAGUGAUGCAGGCCCUGAAGCCAAGAGACCUUGUCCAGAGGAGGAACAGCCCAGCUUGGUUGAAGAGAAGCCAUUCAGUUCCUUUCUGCCGAUGGAGAAUCUUGAGCCGGCCUUGGCUGAAAAGCUGCUGCACUUGGAGGCCUUGGAAACACAGCAGGCUGGGGCAGAGAGUUGUGCGUUGCCCCUCCUCAACACCCCACGCAGCGAGCGGCUGGAAUUCCGGAGGCUGCUGGAGGAGACUCGGCGUGAGCUGCAGAGGCUUAAGAAGAAGCAGCUGGAAAUGGAAACCAAGGUUCUGCAGGACAAAGAGCAUGGACGUGGUUCAUGGGUGCCUGCCAAACGCCAAGGAACAGCAGUGGUAUUGCCCUUCCAGCAAGUGCAGCACCUGGAGAACUCUGAGAACGAAGAUAGCAUCAUCAUUGUAAAGCAAAAGAAGGGAGGUCGAAAGAAGAAGGAUUCGGCCCCUGGCUCUGAAAACAAGGUUCCCUCUGAGUGGGAGAUGGUGCUUCAGCCUGAACUGAUGGCCCGCACCAAGGAGAACAUCCUGGCCAUCCUGAACACAGGCUCUGUGAAGGAUCUCAUGGCCCUGCACCAGAUUGGCAAGAAGAAGGCUAAUCGCAUUGUGGCCUGGAGAGGAGAGCACGGGUCCUUUGAAAAGGUAGAGGACCUUGGGAAAGUCGAAGGCAUCUCCGCCAAACAAGUAGCUUCUUUUCUGAAGGUAAAUAUCCUGACCAACAUUGGAAAUCUUCAGUAACUGGAUUGGUUCUGGAAAGCAUCUUCUCCCUACAUUGAUUUUUAUUAAAAAUGACUUGGGUUUUUAUUCUAUUUUAGCUUUGGUGCAUUUAAAUAUAUUAAGCAUAUAAAAGUAGUACAGAAAACUU